AAUAAGACUAGUAGGUUGGCAGUGGCCGGCCAUUGCUUUGAUAACCAUUGGAAGUUUUUGAUACUUGUAGUAGUAUUUCUUUUCGCAGUUUAUGCUACAAAUUUAUUGGGAGGCAAGAGACUUUUUCUGAGAAGCAGUGAGCCUAUUUCUUCCUUACAAAUUAUGGCAGAGGAAAACAACGAAACCAAGAUUCCCCAAGGGCAAAACGGUCAUGAAUCAGCAGUCAUCCCCCCAAUGGGAGGCAAGAAACUUUUUCUGAGAAGCAGUGAGCCUAUUUCAUCCUUACAAAUUAUGGCAGAGGAAAACAGAGAAACCAAGAUUCCCCAAGGGCAAAAUGGUCAUCAAUCAGCAGCCAUCCCCCAAAGAAUGAAUCAGAAAACGAAAUGGCCGGAGGUGGUAGGUUUGACGGUAGAAGAAGCAGAGAGGAUAAUAAAGGAAGAGAAGCCUGGAGUUCAAAUACAAGUUAUUCCACCAGAACAUUUCGUUACCUGCGAUUACGAAGUGCAACGGGUCCGACUAUACGUUGAUUCCUCGGGAAAAGUUGAUAGCCCUCCUAUAAUUGGCUGACGAUUUCGACUUCCUGUGACUAAUUUCGAACCCAUUCAAUGAAAACAUGUAAGACUUCGAUUGCUAUUUGAGGAUUGCUUGCACCUUGUUUUGUUAAAUCGACUGGAUAUCUUAAUGAAUUUGAAUAAAGCAUGAAUGGUUUUUGUGUUUC